GCCGCCGCCGCGUUGGGGAUGGAGCGGGAAGCGGCACCUUGGGGCCUCGAGCCCCAGGAUGUGCGAAGUCCUGUUGAAAUAGGGAGCCCCGGAGAGCCCCUGAAAGGCAACACGAGUGAAAAUGAGGAAGAGGAAAUUUCUCAGCAAGAAGGCAAUGGGGACUAUGAAGUUGAAGAGAUACCUUUUGGGCUUGACCCACAAAGCCCUGGGUUUGAGCCACACAGUCCAGAGUUUGAAUCCCAAAGCCCCAGGUUUGAGCCUGAAAGCCCAGGGUUUGAGUCCAGAAGCCCUGGAUUUGUGCCCCCAAGCCCUGAAUUUGCACCCAGAAGCCCUGAGUCAGAUCCUCAGAGCCCUGAUUUUGAAGCCCAGAGCCCUAGAUAUGAACCCCAAAGCCCUGGUUAUGACCCCAAGAGCCCUGGAUAUGAACCGAAGAGCCCUGGCUAUGACCCCAAGAGCCCAGAGUAUGUGUCCCGGAGCCCUGAAUUUGAGUCUCAGAGCUCCAGGUAUGAAUCCCAGGACCUGGGAUAUGAACCCCCAAACCCUGGAAUUGAAGCUCAGGAUCCUGAGUUCAAAACUCACAGCCCCGAAUUUGAAGCUCAGAGUUCCAAAUUCCAGGAAGGUGCAGAGGUGCUUCUGAACCCUGAGGAAAAGAAUCCCUUGAGCAUCCCCCUAGGAGUUCACCCCCUGGACUCCUUCACUCAGGGUUUUGGGGAGCAGGCCACAGGGGCCCUGCCCCUGGGGCCACCUUUUGAGAUGCCUACGGGGGCCCUACUGUCAUCACCCCAGUUUGAGAUGCUGCAGAGUCCCCUGGGCUUGACAGGGACCCUUCGGGGUCCAGGCCGGCGGGGUGGCCGGGCCAGGGGUGGGCAGGGCCCGCGGCCUAACAUCUGCGGCAUCUGCGGGAAGAGCUUCGGCCGCGGCUCCACCCUGAUCCAGCACCAGCGCAUCCAUACGGGCGAGAAGCCCUACAAGUGUGAGGCCUGCGGCAAGGCCUUCUCCCAGAGCUCCGACCUCAUCAAACACCAGCGCACGCACACCGGCGAGCGGCCCUACAAGUGCCCGCGCUGCGGCAAGGCCUUCGCCGACAGCUCCUACCUGCUUCGCCACCAGCGCACCCACUCCGGCCAGAAGCCCUACAAGUGCCCGCACUGCGGCAAGGCCUUCGGCGACAGCUCCUACCUCCUGCGGCACCAGCGCACGCACAGCCACGAGCGGCCCUACAGCUGCCCGGAGUGUGGCAAGUGCUACAGCCAGAACUCGUCCCUGCGCAGCCACCAGCGGGUGCACACCGGGCAGAGGCCCUUCAGCUGCGGCAUCUGCGGCAAGAGCUUCUCGCAGCGCUCGGCACUCAUCCCACACGCGCGCAGCCACGCCCGGGAGAAGCCCUUCAAGUGCCCCGAGUGCGGCAAGCGCUUCGGCCAGAGCUCCGUGCUGGCCAUCCACGCGCGCACGCUGAGCGCCAGCCUUCGCAGCCAGGGUAGCGGAGGGCGCAGCACUGAUCCCGGCAGGGCUCCGGCUAGCAUCGCUGAGGGGCUACGCGUCCAUCCCUACGACCAUCCAAGGGCCCAGCGCCUGUGGACUUAG